AUGGCUAAGAUUCUAAGACCACAGUGCCCACACCCCUCGUUUCCAUCGACGUCCUCUGCGUUCUCUUCCAGUUCUCCUCCUGCCUCUGCCCGCCCCUCGCCUCCCCACUGCCUGCUCUUCUCCCCUGCCGACCUAGCCACUACCACUAACGGGUUUGCCCAGGAGAACUUUAUCGUGAAUGGGGAGCAUGGCUCCCUGUAUUAUGGGCGGCCGGAUCCGACCCAUUACACCGCGACAGCUGGCGGCGAAGAACUUGCAACUGGCGAGCAGCAGCAUGCGAGUAGCUCCUGUGGGAGCAGUGAUGGUGAGAGGGAGGGCAAGCCGGGUGAGAGCAGCCGUGGGGGCACGCUGCACGAUGAAAGCAGUGAUGGUGAGAGGGAGGGCAAGCCGAGUGAGAGCAGCCGUGGGGGCACGCUGCACGAUGAAAGCAGUGAUGGUGAGAGGGAGGGCAAGCCGGGUGAGAGCAGCAAUGGGGGCACGCUGCACGAUGAAAGCAGUGAUGGUGAGAGGGAGGGCAAGCCGGGUGAGAGCAGCCGUGGGGGCACGCUGCACGAUGAAAGCAGUGAAUGGUGA